GUCCUUUUGCGCUGCGGGAUACACAUUGAACUCGUCCCUCGUUAGAACGUUUGUCUAACGGCGUACCGGUCCGUUCUGGCGGGUUAGAAUUACACAAAUAUGCCACAGGUCUAGCUAUUUGUUCUUUUUUAAAGUCGUUUCGUAUCACUUCUCCCUUACCAUUCUGUCUAUAAAACAUGUCGUCGAGAGCGAAAGCUUCGCCGCGGAAGCCCAAGGCGGCGCGAGAAGCUUCAAAACAAUCAAAAGAUCUGCCUACAUCUACCGUACUCAGGCUCGCCGGCCGAGCCGCCGCCUUCCUCAUCGUUGCUGGACUUGCGUCACCUGUUUCGCAGCUCAGCCUUUCCCCUGUCUAUGGUUCCAUUCCCGCGUCGCUGCAUCACCAAAGAGCCAUCACGGUCACCGCUGCAUUGGCAUUCAUAGGAAGAGGAGGUCUGAAAAAGAUAUUGCCCUCGAGAGUGGAAGAUUACAUUGCUGUCAUUGCGUACUGGACACCCGUGAUCCAGUUCCUGCUCUUCCAGUACAGCGGCCAAUUGGGCAUUGAAUAUGGACCGUUAAUCAUUGAGGCUCUGACAUAUCUUCCCCUGCUCUUCCUCUGCUGCUAUACGGCCGGGGACCUAUUGGACUCUCUGGAUCCGGCUCAAUUCAGACUUCCCCCAGCUGUUGCAGAGGCGGUGUUACCUAUUGCAUCCUACGCUACUGUCUCCUCGGUAUCCAAGAUUGCCGGAGCCAUUCUCCCUCUGUACGUUGGUACACACGUUUGGUUCACAAGGAUCGGUUUCCAAACGCUCAUCGGUUCCAUUACGGCGAUUCUGAGUCCGUCGCGCGUUAUUCUCCUCGCGUUCCCAGCGAUCCUGCACACGCUCUACGCCAACCCUCACUAUGCAGGCUCGGACAGUGCUCUACAAAGAGCCAACGCGACCCUUUACGCAUCCACCAAUUUCACUCUCCUCGCCCGCCAUGAGUCCAUAACCGGCUACGUCUCCGUGCUCGAGAACGACGCCGACAACGCCUUCCGCCUGAUGCGCUGCGACCACUCCCUCCUCGGCGGCGAAUGGAUGGUCACGCCGGCCGCCUACGCCAGAGGCCAACGGCAGCGCGAACCCAUCUUCUCCGUCUUCGUCCUCCUCGAAGCCAUCCGCCUAGUCCUCCCUCCCACCUCGCAACCCACCAUCCCCGACUCGGAGAAAUCCGCCCUCGUCAUCGGCCUCGGCGCAGGCACCGCCCCCAACGCCCUCAUCUCGCACAACAUCACCACGACCAUCGUCGAACUCGACCCAGUAGUCCACCACUUCGCCUCUAAAUACUUCGACCUCUCGCCCAACCACCACGCCGUCCUCGCCGACGCCGUGCAAUACGUCGCCGACGAGUCCCUCGCCCGCCCGUCCUCGUACAACUACAUCAUCCACGACGUCUUCACCGGCGGCGCCGAACCCGUGCACCUCUUCACGCGCGAAUUUCUCUCGGGCCUGAAACGCCUGUUAAAGGACGACGGCGUCGUAGCCAUCAACUACGCCGGCGAUUUGUCCCUCCCGUCCACCCGCCUCGUCCUCAACACCAUCCACGCCGUCUUCCCCCGCUGCCGCCUCUACCGCGACUCCCCCCGCGCCGAGGACUGGACGCCCGAGAAACCGGAUUUCAUCAACAUGGUUGUCUUCUGCGUCAAGCGUUCCCCCCCGGGUGCGGCUAAAGAGGAUGUGAUUCGGUUUCGCGAACCGACGGAGGAGGACUUCGGGGGCAGUAUUGCCAGGCGGAAUUUCCUAGCGCCGAGGGAGGAGUUGGAGAUUCGGUUCGAGUAUUUGGCUGAGGAACGGGGCGGGAAGGUCAUGGGGAGGGCGGAGGUGGGGGAGCUGGAGAGGUGGCAUCGGAGGGGCGCUGUGAGUCAUUGGAGGAUUAUGAGGGAGGUUUUGCCGGCGGGGGUGUGGGAGAUGUGGUAGGAGGGAGCGUUAUGGAUGGGGUGGAUUUGCGGGGGUGAGGAGGGGAUGGAGUGCCCUUGGGUGCUUGGGUCGGGUUGGGAGUUUGCUGGUGGAAUGUUGUGAAGUGUAUCAGAGUUGAGAAAUUGUUUUCUAUUGCUGCGCCCUAGUUGGAUUCAUGCAGUGGUGGUAGAGCGAACGUAUGCAGCCAUGUUAACAUGCUUGCCUACAUGGUUCGAAUUGAGAAUCUACCUCCAGUUCACCUAGCUCUAUCAGUUUUCCAACAACCCAGCACGCCACAAAAAUCUAUCCCGUCCUCUAGAAAAACCAAGUGCUACGACUUCCUCCCAGUAGACCUAG